AUCGUUUACUGAGACAUGACCGAUGAAGGAAUAACCGCGGCCGAGGUGGAGCUCGUCCUUCAGAGGGCUCUGCAAAGAGAACUUAAGCUGCUGGACUUCAAUCUGAACACCUUCUCAGACAAUAUGGGCUUCAUGGGCGACCACAACAUGCUCACGGUCCAUUACUUCGAUGCGAACGGACCUGGCGAGUACUCUUUCUUCAUCAAACUCCUCCCGAAAGGCAAAUACUCCAGGAACGUCACGCUCAAGUACGGACUGUUUGCCAAGGAGAAGGAAAUGUACGAGAAACUGCUGCCAUUGAUGGCGAAAAGUCUUGGCCGGCGGAUGCCAGCGGCCGAUUGCUACCUCAUUCGCGAUGACGGCUGCAUGGUCUUGGAAGAUUUGAGCAGAAUGGGCUAUAAAUUGUGGGACAAGUACGCGUUUCUCGGGCGCCGACAGACAGAGGCGGCCCUCAAGGCGGUGGCUGCGCUGCACGCCGGCUCGUUGGCCGUGGAGGUCGGCACCGACGCGCUGAUGCCUCGCCACGCGGACCACUGUUACGAGGCCCUAAUUGCUGAUAGCUCUUCGGAUAACAUUGUUUACCGCCAGUGGCACUUUUCCACUUUUAAAACGUGCUGCUCGCUGCUGCAGAAAAUGCAGUGCUACAAAUCACGCGUGGCGGGUGCCACCGACUGGGACUCAGUAUUUGAAAAGCUGCACCGCGCCUGGGACUGCUCGGCGCUCGUCACGCAGGGAUUCUCGGCCAAAUACAGGAACGUCCUAUCGCACGGUGACCUCUGGGUAAAUAACGUGCUCUUCAAGGACGAGCUCGACCGCGUGGAAGCGGUGCUGGUUGAUUUCCAAACUUACCGGUACGCGCCUCCCAUUCUUGAUCUGCUCAUGCUGUUGCACUGCGCCACUUCGAGAGAAUUCAGGGCCCAGCACCAAGAGGAGCUCAUCGAGCUUUACUUCCGGGAGCUGGACAAUUUGCUACGGGCAGCUGGCAUUGAAAAUCCGAUCGAUCUCAAGCAAUUGCAGGAAAGUGCAAAAUUAUUCGAUCAUGUCGCUGCAGUCCUGGCAGCAAGGCUUAUUCUUAUCAUUUUGAAGCAAGGACCACCAGAUGUGAAAUUAAAUGCAACUUACCAUGAAGAGAAUGCCACUUUAGAGUCCGCCGCUGAUCAGUCUGACCUUCUUUUAGACAUUUUUGGCAGCAGUGAACUUGGAAAAAAUUUGAAGAACGUGUGAAAGACGUUCUAGAUAGUCUCAUAGACGAACUUUUCCUUCAUGAAUUUUUCAACAGCAAUUGACCAACAGGAUCAUACCAGAAGUUCAAUAUAU